AUGCUCGAUUAUAUGGAUUAUGUUCAGCAGUGCUUUGACUCUGCUGGACGAUGGAAACGUCAAAACAGCUACGGUGAAGUGACUCAAACUCCAAGGAACUUGAUCGACUUCAAAAUUCCUGAUGCUGUCAACUUGCAAGUGUCUAAUAGGUCCACAAAAUACAGUUACAAUUCAUUGCAAUUAUCAACACGACAAAGUAUAAAUGGAUCACUUACAUACCUAUACACCAAUUUGGAUGCUGUUGAAGGGCUAGUGAAGAAUACCGAGGAAUUACCACUGCAUGAUAUAGUACAAACUUAUGAACUCCCCGCUGUAACACAUCACAGAAAAGAGAAGACGAAUUUUCACAAAUGCUCUCUGUUUUAUGGUAAAAUUUUUUAUCCCAGUUCAGAUGUUGAAGCAAUGAUGAUCAAGAGGUUCAGUCCCAUGAAUCAGGUAAUAGUGAAAUGCCUGAGCAGCUUGAAAGAAAAUGUCAAUAUCUUUACAGCCUACUUCCAACGCAAUUCAGAGAAGAAUUUCCAAGAGCUUAUAGUAUCAAGCAAUGAUUUACUAUGUGGGUAUCGGAUUUCUCACCAUUUCUUAAGGACACCUUCCAAAUUGAAUAGCUCUUUAUACAAUAACUCAUCAUUAUUCUUUGGUGCAGAGUUUUGGCUUGGUAUGAUUAGUUUAAACCCUGGUUGUUCAACUAGUUUAAAGUAUUGCACUCACUCUGCAAAUACAGGUAGACCUUUAACAUUAACAUUGUCAUGGAAUCCAUUAUUUGGUCACAUAUCAACAACAUACUCUGCAAUGACAAGCUCUAGCUCAACAUUUUGUGCGAAGUAUGACUUCAACAUUUACUCUAUUGAAUCAAAUUUGAGCUUUGGGAUAGAACUGUGGAGGAAGACUGGAGCACUCUUCAAAUCUGAAGAUUCUGUAGAAGCCAAUAGAAAAGAGUAUGAACAAAACUUCUACAUCUCACAUGAUCACAACCUACUACCUUCCAAGUAUGGAUAUGAUCAUGAAUAUAAUAUAUCUGAUGGAAAAUUAUCAAAAGAACACAAAAGGAAUAAAAUCAUCAAGGACUUGAAUCAUGCAUUCUCAACGUCUUUACAAAAGAUAGAUAAAGAGAAAACUAGAAUUGAAAACUUUGGCAAUAUAAUAAGAAACUCACACUUUACUAGUGUGUUUAAAGCAAGCACAUCGCUUCGAGAGCGAAACCUUAAAUUCCUUUGGGAGGGCGAAUAUAAAAACUUUCUACUUUCAGCUGGUACUGAACUAAGAGUUCUUAAAGCUGAAGAAUCAGAACUGCGAAGAACAUCAGGGCAAAGUAGCAAUAGCUUAUUAAAUGAAUUCUCUCUUCAACCUCUAAAAUUUGGUGUACAAAUCCAAUUCUCUUCCUGA